CUGUUCCUCUCUAGCCAGAAGGGCAAUUUUCCCACACUCCCUUACAACCAGGAAAUGCCCCGCCCCUCUGGAGCCUGUUAAGAACAAGUACAAAAGCUAGGAUCAUUCCACUCGCCUUUUCCCCAAAACUGCAAGCUCUGUUUGUGGUCUUGUUCUUAUCCUUCCUGGAAGCCCUGACUGACUGGGUCUCCUCCUCCAACCCUCAAGCAGCCGUGGUAGGUUUCUACAGGCUCUUGGCAGAGGACCUGGGAUCCACACUUCCAACACAUCUCCCAUCCCAUUUCUUGCACUGGAAUCUACCCCAAACAUACCACACACACCUGGAAACAGAGCCCUGGGCCUGAUCCAUCGGUUCGAACUCCCACAGCCCGGCCAACAGCCUGUUUUGAGGCACAGGCCACCCCUUCCAACCUGGUGAGUCAGCACACAGCCAGAAUCAACAGGACUUUUGCCCUUGCCCGCUGCAAGGUUUGCUCUGCUCUGGCUGAAGUCCCUCCAGGGCUCCAGAUAACCACCUGCCCGGAUGUCUGGCCAGCUCCCUGGCAGCAUGGGUGCUCUGCGCCGGCAAGGGAUCAUCAUACUCACCUAUGUGCUGGCUGCCUUGGAGCUAACUUGUCUCUUCAUGCAAUUCUCCAUUUUACCAUAUCUGUCUCGGACACUGGGCCUAGAUUCUGUGGUCUUUGGCUACGUUCAGACAACCUUUGGUGUGCUUCAGCUGCUGGGUGGGCCUGUGUUUGGCAGGUUUGCAGACCAGUAUGGGGCACGGGCGGCACUUUCACUCUCCUUCGUGGCAGCCUCCACUCUAUACCUGCUCCUGGUGGCCUCCUGUAGCCCAGCCCUACCUGGUGUCUUCCUGCUCUUCGCCUCGCGCAUACCUGCAGCACUCAUGCACACUCUUCCAGCUGCCCAGAUGGUCAUCACAGAUCUGACGGCGCCCGCAGAACGGCCCGCGGCCCUAGGCCGACUGGGUCUCUGCUUCGGCAUCGGAGUCAUCUUCGGCUCCCUGCUUGGCGGGACCCUUAACACCACGUACGGGAUCCAGUGUCCUGCCAUCGUGGCUCUUGUGGUCACACUCCUAGGAGCUGUCCUCAGCUUUACUUGUGUUCCUGUCACCACCAAGGAAGCUGGUGUCCAAUCAGCCCAUCAGGGUGGAACCAAGGCCAGUGUAUUUGACCUGAAGGCCAUCACCCGCCUGCUGCUGCUGCCUAAUGUGCUGCCUGUAUUCCUGGUCAAGGUCAUCUCUGGCUUCCCUUCAGGGGUCUUCAUGGUCAUGUUCUCCAUUAUCUCCAUGGACUUCUUCCAGCUAGAGGCUGCACAGCCUGGCUACCUCAUCUCCUUCUUCGGGGUCCUCCAGAUGGUGA